UCGUCGAUAGACACGAGCCAGCCUUGUUUGGCUUGUUCUGCGCUGAGAGACCUGUUCGAAAUUAAAUUCAUUGUCAGUGUACAUAUAAAGUGCGCGAAGUGUGGCUGAGUGGAAGGCGAAAUGUGGGCUUCGGUGCCGCGUGUGAAAUUCUUCAAUGGAUACGAGAUCCCGCUGAUAGGACUGGGGACGUAUCUUACAAAGGGCGAAGAAGGUGUCAAGUCCAUCAAAGAGGCAAUCGACAUUGGCUAUCGGCACAUCGAUACGGCCUACCGGUAUGGCAAUGAGGCGGAGAUUGGCCGGGCCGUACGGGAUAAACUGGCGGAAGGAUUCGUCCGGCGGGAGGAUCUGUUCAUAACCACAAAACUCUGGAACUCCUUUCACAGCCCGGAACACGUCGAGCAGGCUUUCCAUCGGUCCCUGGUGAAUCUGAGCCUCGAUUACGUUGAUUUGUACCUGAUGCAUAUGCCGAUGGGGCUUCAGUUUCGGGGUUUCCAACAAGAGAACCUAAUAUCCUAUGACAGUGCCGGAAAGGUUUUGUGCUCGGAAGUGGACUUUUGCGAUACCUGGAAGGCGAUGGAGCAGCUGGUGAGGACGGGGAAAGUACGCAGCAUAGGAGUUUCAAAUUUCAAUUGCAGUCAACUGGAACGACUUCUGUCGGUUUCAUCCAUUCAACCCGCAACCAAUCAGGUCGAAUGCAACCCCGGUUUCACACAAAAAGCCCUGAUCGAAUUUUGCCAGAAGCAUAACAUUACGGUAACCGCUUUCAGUCCCAUGGGUCGUGCCAAUCGAAGCGAUUCUUCCAGCCAAGUGACAGCCUCUAUUCUCACCGAUCCGAACGUGACCGCCCUUGGGACCAAGUAUGGCAAAAGCAACGCACAAAUCGUGUUACGCUAUCUGAUUGACAUUGGCACGAUCCCCAUCCCGAAGCCAUCGAAUCGUGCCGAAACGCUCGAGAAUAUUGACAUUUUCGACUUCCGGCUGACGGCGGCGGAGCUGGCACUGAUGGACCGAUUCGACAACGGGAAGCGAGCGGUACCGUUGAAAUAUUACAGCCAUCAUCGGGAUUAUCCAUUCCGGGAAGACACCGGGGAGACUGACGACGGCGGAGGGAAAUGAGGUGCGAAACGGCGACGAUAUCUUGCGAAUGUCAUUAGGUGAUGAAAAUCCAACAAUUUGAAGAUAUUUGUUAUCCCUCUCAGCUGAGGUGUACUGGAAAAAAACCAGGGGUGAAAUUCGAUUACGUUUGAUUGAUUUGAGAUUGUUGUCAAUUCUAUGAAACUGAAAAACAGUAUUCCUUUUGUUGAUCUACUAACACGGUUCUGAAAUUUUUGGUAGGGCUUAGAAAGAACUUCUUUUGUUCUGUUCGUCUAAUGAACAGGUGUGCAAAUGAUCUGGGUUCACUUGUAUAUACCUCCUUUCCGCAGAAGUAGUACUCGAACAACAAAUUGUUUUCAUUCGGACAGACCACACACUUAUAGUUGAACAAC